CAUCCAUCGAGAGAAGCCAGCUCCAUUGCUUCUAUGUUAACUGUGUCUACUGGUGACACUGAUACAACAGCCUCAUGGGUCCAUUAUGAAGGCACCAGAACACCUGUUUCCAUAACAACGCCAAAUGCUUCUCAUCUUGAAUCAGACAGCACACCCUCAACAGCCACCAGUCCUGGGACAGAAGCCAGUUCAGACAUUCCAAAUACAAGUGUAUCCCAUGAUGUAUCAGGUGUGGUGACCGCCCUGGUCACCAGCUCUGGAGCAGAGGCAAGUACAACUUUUCCAACUCCGACUGAUUCCCCACAGUUAUCAGAGACCACAGCAUCAUGGAUCACCCAUACUGGGUCAGAAGGCAGCUCCAUUGUUCCGACGUUAACUGUUUCCCCUGCUGACACAGAUACAACAGCCUCAUGGGGCCAUUCUUCAGGGACCGGCACACUUGUAUCCAGAACAACUCCAAAUGCUUUCCAUAGUGAAUCAGACAGCACACCCUCAACAGCCACCGGUCCUGGGGCAGAAGUCAGUUCAGACAUUCCAAAUACAAGUGUAUCCCCUCGUGUAUCAGGGCUGGUGACCUCCCUGGUUACUAGCUCUGGUGAAGCAGUAAGUACAACUUUUCCACCUCCCACUGAUUCCCUACACGCACCAGACACCACAGCUUCAUGGAUCACCCAAUCUGGGUCAGAAGCCAGCUCCAAGUUUCCAACAUUAAGUCUCUCCCCUGGUGAGACAGAUACAAUAGCCUCAUGGACCCAUUCUGAAGGAACUGACACACCUUUUUCCAUAACAACCCCAAAUGCUUCUCAUAGUGAAUCAGACAGCACACCCUCAACAGCCACCAGUCCUGGGACAGAAGCCAGUUCAGAUAUUCCAAAUACAAGUGCAUCCCAUGAUGUACCAGGUGUGGUGACCGCCCUGGUCACCAGCUCUGGAGCAGAGGCAAGUACAACUUUUCCAACUCCGACUGAUUCCCCUCACUCACCAGAGAUCUCAGCCUCAUGGAUCACCCAUCCUGGGACAGAAGGUAUUUCCAUUGUACCGACGUUAACUGUCUCACCUGGUGACACAGAUACUACAGUCUCACGGGUCCAUUCUGAAGGAACCGAAACACCUGUUUUCAGAACAACACCACAUGCUUUCCAUAGUAAAGCAGACAGCACACCCUCAACAGCCACCAGUCCUGGGGCAGAAGCCAGUUCUGUUGUUUCAACUCUGAUUGUCUCUCCUGGUGUACCAGAUAAGGUGACCUCCCAGGUCAGUAGCUCUGAAUCAGGUGCCGGUGUGAGUAUUCCAACUCUGACUCUUUCUGUCAGUGGAGAGACAAACUUCAAUUUUCCUGCUUCAACUGUUUUUCCUCAUUUAUCAGAUAUCACAGCCUCAGUAUCCCUCCUACCUGAGUUGGAGUUUAGUACAGCUCUUUCAACUCAGACUGUUUCCCUUGGUCUACCAAAUACAGCAGCCUCUCCAUUUCCGGCACUUGUGAAUGAGACCCGCGGAGUUGAUCUGGGUCUGACUGUGUCACCAGGUGUUCCUAUGGAAACUGCCUCGGUCUCUAUCCAUCAUGGGACAGAUAUUGUCACAAUGAUUUCAACUUCAACUCUUUUCCCUGGUUUCUCAGAGCCCACAGAUGUACUGGCCCCAAGCCCUGCAUCAGCGACCACUACAGGUAUUCCAACUGUGACUGUUUUCCCUGGUGUUCUCGGGCCUACCAGUACCCCUGCAACCACUGGUGAGCCUCAUUCUGUAACUUCCUGGAGCACUAAAAUCUCACCACCUGCAACAUCUGUUAGACUUCCAGAAUCUUCCCAGACUAUGACAGGGGGCACUGUGACCUUGACUGCACUGAAAACCAGUCAUGGUGAGGGAUCAAGUCCAACCACUGUCCUGAAAACUACAAGUCUUGAGACCACUCCAUUGGCGGCCACAGGUUUUGGCCCCACCAGGGAAGAGACCACAGCUACUGUCAAUACACUGUCUGCAAGUUCCUUUGUCCCUGUGACCACCCCUGAGACAUCCACGUUAGCCUCAGUGAGUGCGACUUCAGGAACAACUGCAGUUCCUUUCUUGAUGCCUUUUGUUGUCAACUUCACCAUCACCAACCUGCCCUACAGAGAGGACAUGGGAAACCUGGGCUCUGAGAUAUUCAAUGCCACGGAGAGACAGCUGCAGCAGCUGCUGGGGCCCCUGUUCAAGAACAGCAGCGUCGGUUCCCUCUAUGCUGGCUGCAGACUGGCGUUGCUCAGGGCUGAGAAGGAGGGAAGACAGACCAUGGUGGAUGCAAUCUGCACCCACUACCCAGGUCCCACAGGCUUCAGGCUGGACAGAGAGCAGCUGUACUGGGAGCUGAGCGAACAGACCCACGGUGUCACUCAGCUGGGCCCCUACUCCCUGGACAGAAACAGUCUCUCCAUCAAUGGUUAUAACCAUCAGUACUGGUUCCCCACCACUAGCAGUGAGUAA